UGAAAAUAUGUUGCGAGUCAUUCGUUUAAUUCGCAAUUCACCCAUCGUUCAUCCAAACAGGUGCGGGUAAAAGAAUUAUUAAUCUACAAUCACCUACUAAUUUUGAUUCGAGUUAUUUAUGAAUAAAUAUUCCCAUAUCGCGAAUUAACCACCCACAUCUCCUACCCUAAUUUGGUCUGAUCAAGAAUUGCACCAUACCAUACGCCAACCAAACGACCCCUAAAUUUUCUUCCACUUAAAAAAAAAAAAUGCGUUUGUAUUUGAUUUGAUUUGAUUUAUUGCCGGUCUUCCCCAUAUAUCUCCUCGAGUUUUUUUCUGUCUCCCUCCAAACUCCAAUCGAUUAUUCUCUCUCUGUCGCCCGCUCUCUCCGUAUCUCUUUUAUUUCCCUUUCUCCUCUAUUUCUUCUCCCCCCUAAUCUCCUUUCCUCUCUUCUUCUUCUCCACUUUUUCCCUUUCCUUUCCCUUCCCAAUUUCAAUUGUUGUUUUUUCCCCUCUUUCUUCCCACCUCCUGUCGAGCGAGAUUGGGGUCCUGCUCGGGGGCAGCUAACAAUGUCGCCGGGCGUGAGAGACCUACAGCUGGCUCGAGUCGCCGGCGGAGGCGACGCUGAUUCCGGUGACAUGGAGGACGUAAGGCUCCUGGACUCCUACGAGCAUCGGGAGUCCGAUGAUGCGAUCGAGGCGGGGGAAGGCGAGAAGGAAGGUGGGGGGAGGAUGAGGAAGAUUCAGGUCAGAAUUACCGGGAUGACCUGUGCUGCUUGUUCCAAUUCCGUCGAAUCAGCUCUCAGGAGCAUCAAUGGCGUCGUUUCGGCCUCUGUCGCGCUGCUGCAGAACAGGGCCGAUGUCGUGUUUGACCCCAGCUUGGUCAAGGAUGAUGAUGUCAAGAAUGCAAUUGAAGAUGCAGGGUUUGAUGCAGAGGUUCUGGCUCAACCUACUACAAUGAAGAAAAAGUCGAACAAUAAAACCCUAGUUGGUCAGUUCACAAUUGGAGGUAUGACUUGUGCAGCCUGUGUGAACUCAGUUGAAGGUAUUUUGAGAGAUCUUCCUGGCGUUAAGAGGGCUGUUGUGGCCCUGGCUACUUCUUUAGGGGAAGUUGAGUAUGAUCCCACGAUAAUUAACAAGAAUGACAUAGUGAAUGCCAUUGAAGAUGCCGGUUUUGAAGGGGCACUUGUACAGAGCAGUCAGCAGGACAAAAUUAUAGUGGGAGUUAGUGGAUUAAUGACUGAGAUGGACGCACAACUCUUGGAAGGAAUACUUAGCACAUCGAGAGGGGUUCGGCGAUUUCGUUACAACAGGAUAUCCACUGAACUUGAAGUUCUUUUUGACCCUGAAGUUAUUAGCUCUAGAUCCUUGGUUGAUGGUAUAGAGGAAGGGAGCAAUGACCAGUUCAAAUUACACGUUAUCAACCCAUAUGCAAGAAUGACGUCUAAAGAUAAUGAGGAAGCAUCCAAUAUGUUCAGACUUUUCAUUUCCAGCUUGCUUUUCAGUAUUCCCGUCUUUUUCGUGAGAGUGAUAUGCCCUCAUAUACCACUGCUAUAUUCUGUGCUACUUUGGCGUUGUGGACCGUUCCUCAUGGGGGAUUGGUUGAAUUGGGCAUUGGUGAGUGUGGUUCAGUUUGUAAUUGGGAAGCGCUUCUAUAUAGGAGCUGCAAGAGCUCUUAAAAAUGGUUCAACCAAUAUGGAUGUGUUAGUUGCACUUGGAACUUCCGCCUCAUAUGUUUACUCUGUUUGUGCCCUUCUAUAUGGUGCUGCCUCUGGGUUCUGGUCUCCUACCUACUUCGAAACAAGUUCCAUGCUGAUAACAUUCGUAUUAAUGGGGAAGUAUUUGGAAUGUCUUGCAAAGGGGAAAACAUCUGAUGCCAUCAAAAAGUUGGUAGAACUUGCACCAGCAACUGCAUUGCUGGUUGACAAAGACAAAGGUGGAAAUGUGCGAGAAAGGGAAAUAGAUGCCUUACUGAUUCAGCCUGGUGAUACUUUAAAAGUUAUUCCUGGAGGAAAAGUUCCGGCAGAUGGCGUUGUUGUAUGGGGUUCAAGUUAUGUUAAUGAGAGUAUGGUAACUGGAGAGUCGGAGCCUGUCCUCAAGGAGGCUACUUCAUCAGUUAUUGGUGGCACUAUUAACUUACAUGGUGUGCUACAUAUAAAAGCCACUAAAAUUGGAUCUGAUGCUGUUCUGAGCCAGAUAAUUAGUUUGGUUGAAACAGCACAGAUGUCCAAAGCUCCAAUUCAGAAAUUCGCAGAUUUUGUAGCUAGCAUUUUUGUCCCUACAGUUGUUGCCAUGUCUUUGAUUACAUUAUUAGGCUGGUACAUUGGUGGAACUAUAGGAGCUUAUCCUGAAACGUGGCUUCCGGAAAAUGGCAAUUUCUUUGUCUUCUCUCUCAUGUUUUCAAUAUCAGUGGUGGUAAUUGCAUGUCCAUGUGCGCUUGGGUUGGCAACACCAACUGCAGUGAUGGUUGCCACUGGAGUUGGGGCUAAGCAUGGUGUGUUGAUAAAAGGAGGAGAUGCUUUGGAAAGGGCUCAAAAGAUUAAUUAUGUGAUAUUUGAUAAAACUGGAACUUUAACUCAAGGUAAAGCAACUGUCACCACUGCAAAAGUUUUCACAGGAAUGGAUCGUGGAGAAUUCCUCAGAUGGGUGGCCUCUGCCGAGGCCAGCAGUGAGCAUCCAUUGGCAAAGGCAAUAGUGGAGUAUGCACGGCACUUUCAUUUCUUUGACGGGCCUUCUCCAAGAAAGGACGGCGAAAACCAUAAUAAAGAUUCAACAAUGUCCGGAUGGCUUUUAAAUGUCUCAGAUUUCUCUGCUCUACCUGGGACUGGUGUCAAGUGCUGUAUAGAUGGCAAACGAGUCUUGGUGGGGAAUCGGAAGCUCAUGACUGACAAUGGCAUUGAAAUCUCAGCUUAUAUCGAAGACUUUGUGGUAGAACUUGAAGAUUCUGCAAAGACGGGCAUACUUGUUGCAUUUGAUAACAAGCUGAUUGGCGUUCUGGGGGUCGCAGAUCCUUUGAAGAGAGAAGCGGCUGUUGUUGUGGAAGGCCUUCAAAAGAUGGGUGUUGAACCAGUCAUGGUCACUGGAGACAACUGGCGGACAGCUCGGGCAGUAGCAAAAGAGGUCGGGAUUAAAGAUGUAAGAGCAGAAGUUCUGCCAGCAGGCAAGGCCGAUGUGGUCCGCGCAUUUCAAAAGGAUGGAAGCACGGUGGCCAUGGUUGGCGAUGGCAUAAACGACUCCCCUGCCCUGGCUGCAUCGGAUGUCGGAAUGGCCAUUGGUGCGGGGACAGAUAUAGCAAUAGAAGCUGCCGAUUACGUGCUGAUGAGGAACAACUUGGAGGACGUAAUCACUGCCAUCGAUCUGUCGAGGAAAACGUUUGCUCGUAUCCGGCUGAACUACAUGUUUGCGAUGGUGUACAAUGUGGUGGCGAUACCCAUAGCCGCUGGAGUGUUCUUCCCUUCUCUGAGGAUCAAGUUACCGCCGUGGGCAGCCGGUGCCUGCAUGGCGCUUUCGUCUGUGAGCGUCGUUUGCUCUUCUUUACUUUUGAGACGAUACAAGAAGCCCAGACUCACCACGUUACUGAAGAUUACUGUAGAGUAGAUGAAUACGAGCAAUGUAAAUAAACAUUGUGAUGUUGUAAUGAAUUGUUACAACAAAAUGGGGGAAAAGAUGUUGUAAGGAGGGAAAAGUUUGGGAGGGUUCUGGGGGGAUUCCAAAUUUUGUACAAUUUUCAUUUUUUGGUUUCUUACAGUUAAGCCUAAGUUUAGCCUUUGUAACAUACCGCCCCAUUGAUGAAAUGUUGUAAAGGGGAGCCCGAGUUUCUUUCUAUGUGUGUAAUUCUAUUGUAAUGAUAUUAUCGUCUAGCUUCUUGCUUGCGUAUUCAUUCUUAUGUAAUUGAUUUAUCUUCUGCAAGCGAGUCCUGUUUCUAUAUUUAACACCUUUUGUUAUUUUGACAGUGCUCUGGUAAAGCAGGUAACGGGGAGCAGAUUAUGUCGAUGGGUCAGUAACCCAUCAGUAACUCCUUCUCUGAUCUCCACGUGUCAGACCCCUUUUUUAUUUAAAUUAAAUGCGGAAGGGCAGGAAAGUAAAAAUUGUACUUACUCCUAUUUAUUGUUGACGCUGACUUUUGAUCGGACCACAUCAGCACCUCCUUCUCUCUCCUCGAAAAAUCUUUAAUUUUUCUUCUCUUAAUCUUUAACGGACGAUUUCUCACUCGUUUUAAGUUGGAAUUUAAUUUUUUUGCACAGUUAGAUCAGAUUAAUUGUGCUCUUCAAAAUGAUAUCCACUUUGAUAUUUUUUGGACAUAAAUUUUUUUUCCAGUUAUUACCAGUCUGUACCAUAUGGUAAUUACUGGUAUUAAAUAAGACCAUACCACAUAGUAUAGUAAUAUCAAUAUAUAUUUCGUUACCACCCAAUACCAUAUGGUAUAGUGUGGUAAUAUCACACAAUACCAUAUGAUAUAGUGUGGUAAUAUCAAUAUAUAUUUCGUUACCACCCAAUACCAUAUGGUAUAGAGUGGUAAUAUCAAUAUAUAUUUCAUUACCACGCAAUACCAUACAUUACCAUAGGGUAUAGGGUGGUAAUAUCAAUAUAUAUUUCGUUACCACCCAAUACCAUAUGGUAUAGUGUGGUAAUAUCAAUAUAUAUUCGUUAUCACACAAUAUCAUAUAGUAUAGAGUGCUAAUAUCACACAAUACCAUAUGGUAUAGAAUGGUAAUAUCAAUAUAUAUUUCGUUACCACGCAAUACCAUACAUUACCAUAGGGUAUAGUGUGGUAAUAUCAAUAUAUAUUUCGUUACCACCCAAUACCAUAUGGUAUAGAGUCAUAAUAUCAAUAUAUAUUAUCUAAAAGAAAAAAAAAACAGAAGGAGGGAGAGAAAAAAUCGUCUUCUGAUGCCUCUCAUUUCCUCUUCCUCAAUCAAGAACACCAAAAUGCCAAAAAAAUGAGAACGAUCGGAAUUGAGGCCAACGAGUUGAUGAAGAGAAGAAAUACAAUGAAAGAGAGUGGCUACAAUUUUUAAUCGUCCAUUGCUAGAGAAAAAAAAUGAAGAAGGAAGAGAGCAGAUCUAGAUUUGAAAAGAAGAUUGUGAGAGAAAAAGUAAGAGAGAAGGAAUAGAGAAAGAGAAAGGAUCUGGAAAGAGAUUGAAAAAAGAAAGAGAGAAGGAAGAAAGUUGAGUUGCAGAGAAAAGACAAUUCUCUCUCUUUCAUUGAAAAGUCAGUCAUUGAAAUGCAGAAUAAAUAAAAAAAAUUAAAAAUACAAAAACGGACAAAAAUGCCCCUCCCCACCCCCCCAUCCGGUCCAGCCACACGAUCGCUCCAUCCCCACAUCUACGGCUCCCGAGUGGUUAUUGAUAGGUCAGUAACCAGUGAUUACUGACGCUAUCUUGGACCAACGCGUUGCAACUUGCAAGUACCUCUUUGCUUGUUCCGUUUUGGGCUGCUUUCGCUUGGGGAUGAAUUUAGUCCUAACCCUAAGGGUUAGGAUCAUACCAACUAAGUUUAUUACAGUUAGAUUAAAAAACUAAUUCUAGG